CUUUGUUUGUUUUGAUGUUUAUGAUGUUAAGUAUUUGUAACUGUACGCUACCCAUUGGUUUGCGUCAAUUCGCGCUCAUUCUAUAGUUGGCUAUUGUCGAUCCCAUUUAUUAUUAAAUUGUAAUCAUGGAAUCUUUAAAAAUGAAUAAUGGUCGUUCAAUUCCAAUCAUUGGUCUCGGAACAUGGAAUAGUCCAUCAGGUGAAGUUGGGGUGGCCGUGAAGAAAGCUCUAGAAGUCGGUUAUCGACAUGUGGACUGUGCUCAUGUCUACAGAAAUGAAGCAGAAAUAGGUGAAGCACUGGAAGGUGCAUUAAAGAGUCUAAAAUUAAACAGAGACGAUGUUUUUGUUACUUCAAAGCUGUGGAAUACUUUCUUCCGCCCUGAGCAUGUCAGGAAAGCGUGCGAAGAAACUUUGAUGAAUUUGCGUCUUAAAUAUCUUGAUUUGUACUUAAUUCACUGGCCUGUUCCAUUCCAAUAUGGUGAAUCUCUUUUUCCCACUGAUUCGAACGGAAAUUUCUGUUUAGAUGAAGUACCACAUGAAGAAACUUGGAAGGAAAUGGAAAAACUGGUUGAUGAUGGUUUAGUCAGAUCUAUUGGUUUAUCAAAUUUCAACAAGCGUCAGAUUGAAAAUAUUCUUAAACAUUGCCGUAUUAAACCAUCCAAUUUACAAAUUGAAAUUCAUGCUAAUUUUCCUAACACACAAUUAGUUGAAUAUGCGCAGUCGGUUGGUUUAACUGUAACUGCUUAUGCUCCGCUUGGUUCACCUGCUGCUUCACCAGGAAGGGUUGAUUUACUCAUGGAACCUUGGGUGUUACAAAUUGCUAAACAUCACGGUAAAACACCGGCACAAGUUCUCUUACGUUAUUUAAUUCAAAGAAACUUGAUAGUGGUUCCAAAGUCCGUAACACCAAAACGAAUUGAAGAAAACUUUCGGGUAUUUGAUUUCCAACUUUCGAAAGAGGAAAUGCAUGAAUUAAAUACGAAAGGUUUAAAUGAACGUCAAUUCAAAUUGUUGAAUGAACGGGAACACAAGGGAGAAUCGAACGUAUUCGAACACACAAAUUACACAACAUGAUUGUAAAAUCUGAUAACGGUAGAGUAAAUACUUCAUUUGAAAAAUCUCAAUCAACUUUUUCAGACCUAAUUGUUCUUUCGUUUCCACGCCAAUCAUUUUCUCUUCUCACUCUCUUCCUUUCAAUCUUCUUAACCUCCUGCCACCAGACAUUUCACUUUCGAUUCGAUGAUACAUACUACUUAUAGCUGUCGACAUCAUUAGCACAUACCAUGAUAUUACAGACCGAUUGUUUAAAAAUUAUGAUACACUGUCAACCAAUAUUCUAACAUGAAAGCUUAUAAUACAUAUAGACUGUUAUCAGAGACAAAUUAACUACGAUGUAAUAAUUUCCGAAGUAUUUUUCUGCCAUUCUAUUCAUAUAUAUUGAUCUCAUUGUAAUCAUGUAUUUUGGUUUUACUAUAUUAUUUAUACCCAGUUUCUAAGCUUUUAUUCAAACCAUGAUUUGUUACCAUAGCAUUUUCUAUUCAUAAACAAGAAUUCCGU